GGGACUGAGGCUGUGUCGGAGGGCGCUUCGCAGCCAUGGCCGGUCGCCACAACAACAAGCUGCCCAGCAAUCUGCCGCAGCUGCAGAACCUGAUCAAGCGCGACCCGCCGGCUUACAUCGAGGAGUUUCUUCAGCAGUAUCGGCAUUACCAGUCCAAUGUGGAGAUAUUCAGACUGCAGCCAAAUAAGCCCAGUAAAGAACUGGCUGAAUUGGUGAUGUUCAUGGCACAGGUCGGCCACUGCUACCGCGACCAUCUUGCAGACUUCCCACAGCAGCUGAAGGAUCUGCUUUCCUACCAUCACACGAUGCUGGAUCCCGAUCUUCGGAUGACUUUCUGCCGAGCCCUGAUCCUCUUGCGGAACAAGAACCUGAUCAACCCCACGAGCCUGCUGGAGCUCUUCUUCGAACUCCUCCGCUGUCACGAUAAGUUUUUACGGAAAACGUUGUACAGUCACAUUGUGACCGACAUCAAGAACAUCAAUGCGAAACACAAGAAUAACAAGCUGAAUACAACGCUCCAGAGCUUUAUGUACACAAUGCUACAAGACAGCAACCCAACUGCAGCCAAGAUAUCUCUGGAUGUGAUGAUAGAGCUCUACCGGAGGAACAUCUGGAACGAUGCCAAAACCGUGAAUGUCAUCACCACGGCCUGUUUUUCCAAAGUCACCAAGAUCCUAGUUGCCGGACUGAAAUUUUUCCUUGGCAAAGAUGAAGACGAAAAGCAAGGCAGCGAUUCAGAAUCGGAGGACGACGGUCCCACGGCGAGAGACUUAAUGGUACGAUACUCCACCGGGAGGAAGACGACCAAGAACAAGAAGAAGCUGGAGAAAGCCAUGCGUGUCUUAAAGAAACACAAGAAGAAGAAGAAGCCCGAAGUGUUCAACUUCUCCGCCAUUCAUUUAAUCCACGACCCACAAGACUUUGCAGAGAAAUUGCUAAAACAACUGGAGGCCUCCAAAGAAAGGUUUGAAGUGAAGAUGAUGAUGAUGGAGCUUAUUUCUAGACUCGUCGGGAUCCAUGAGCUUUUCCUCUUCAACUUCUACCCUUUUGUGCAAAGAUUCCUGCAACCACAUCAGAGAGACGUUACCAAAAUUCUGCUUUUUGCAGCACAAGCUUCCCACCAGCUGGUACCCCCGGAGAUUAUCCAGUUGGUGCUGAUGACAAUAGCCAACAACUUUGUCACGGACAAAAAUUCUGGGGAAGUGAUGACUGUCGGGAUUAAUGCUAUCAAAGAAGUAUCAGCGAGAUGCCCGCUCGCCAUGACAGAAGACUUGCUUCAAGACCUGGCACAGUACCGAUCUCAUAAAGAUAAAAAUGUAAUGAUGUCAGCAAGAACACUGAUACAGUUGUUCCGGUCGCUGAAUCCGCAGAUGUUGCAGAAAAAAUUCCGGGGUAAACCGACAGAAGCCACCUCAGAAGCCAAAAUCCACGAGUACGGGGAGUUGACCGCCAAAGACUAUAUUCCAGGAGCCGAAGUCCUGGACCUUGAGGCCAAGGAGGAAGAUGGAAACCGUGAAGAAGAUGGCUGGGAGAGUGCCAGUUUGAGUGAAGAGGAUGAAGAUGGAGAAUGGAUUGAUGUGCAUCAUUCCUCAGAUGAGGAACAGCAAGAGCUGGCCGAGACAGUUAAAGCCAUGCCUGCGGAGGAGAGGAAGGCCAAAGCCGCAGCUGUCAGCACCAACAGGCUUCUCACCCAAGAAGAAUUCCAGAAAAUACGCCUUGCCCAGCUGAGAAAAGAAGUCAACUCUGCACCGGGCAAAGCUGCAAAGAGGAAGAAUAUUGAGAUAGACAGCGAAGAUGAAAGGAGAGGAGAGCUGCUUUCCCUCAGGGACAUCGAACAUCUGCAUAAGAAGCCCAAGUCAGACAAAGAGACGAGAUUGGCCACAGCAAUGGCUGGCAAGACGGACCGCAAAGAAUUCGUGAAAAAGAAAACGAAACUGAAUCCGUUCGCCAGCUCCACGAAUAAGGAGAAGAAGAAGCAGAAGAACUUCAUGAUGAUGAGAUACAGCCACAACGUCCGGUUUAAAAAUAAGCGGUCCUUCAGGGAGAAGCAGCUGGCUUUGCGUGACGCACUCCUGAAAAAGAGGAAAAGGCUGAUAAAGUAACCGCGAACGCAACCGGAGGGGAAGACCCGUCUUUUGUGUCAUUCACCAGUUUGGCUCUCUAGAAGCCAGCCCCUCUUGCUGUUGAACUAUCUAAGCUCCCAACGAACAGAAGGCUGAAAACUACGCCUGGAUAACUGAACAUAGUGACUUUUCUCCCCGCUUACUACUUUAUGUAUAAAAAUCAUUAAAUGGUUAUUUAAAGAAGAUUUUUACAAGCUUGGGAAUAUACCUCAAGGAACGGACUUGCCUUUUCAUUAAGUGCAGUUUAUUUAAAUACAGCUUGUUGAUGGAGAAGAGCUCCAAUUACCUUGGCGGAAGAACUGACUUCAGCUGUAAAGGUUCUUCCUAAGGAGUAAACCCUAUGGACUGCAGUGGAGAGGGACUUCUAAGUAAAUCAGUAAAUGUUCUACCUGAAUGUAGAGUAGGGUUGCCAGACACCACCCCCCUCCCGUGGAGGUAGGGGUCCCCUGCUGCCGGGCCCUGCCCCUCAGCUGCCCAUCAGCUGGCCAGCGGGGAGAAUUCCCAGUAGAAA